GACAUUUGACGUGUGAUUUGACGACAUUGACAGCUUUUUGUUGACAAAAAUGUUUGUUUUCAAGGAAAUAUUAAAUAUUGGCAUGGUUGACUAAAAGUAAAGUUCAUUAUUUAUUGCUGGUGGUUGUUAAAGGCUAUAAAAUGCCACCAAAUAAGCGAAUAGCGGUGUGGAUGUCGGAGAAAAAAUUGCAGAAAGUAAACUGGCAGGAAUUUGUAUCCGUCUCUAAUAAACAUGGUUUUGAACUUUUUAAACUGGAUUUAAAUAAAAAUCUAGAAGGGCAAGCCCCAUUUUGUGUACUACUUCAUAAGCUAACUGAUAUUAUUGCUUCAGCAAAUCAAGGUGAUCUAAGGAGCAUGGAGAUAAUAACCGACGUGGAGAAAUAUUUAGAACAAAAUCCAACGGUUGUAGUUGUCGAUCCCAUUCCAAAUGUAAAAAAAUUGCUAGAUAGAUAUAAUUGCUAUAGUAUAAUACACGCCACGAACCUUCAUAGUUACGGCGUAUUCACUCCGAAUUUUUGCGUACUUAGAAACGACGACUUAGAUUCAAUUAGAGAACAGCUGACAAAUUCACUAGUCACCUACCCUUUUAUAUGUAAACCGAUAUUGGGGCACGGUUCUCGACAAGCCCACGAAAUGUCAAUAAUUUUCGACGAGAAAUACCUCGUAGACUGUAAAACUCCGUGCGUAGCUCAGAGUUUUAUCAACCACAAUGCCAUCCUGUACAAAAUAUUUAUAGUAGGUAAUAAGUUUUGCUUUGUCGAACGCCCGUCUCUGAAAAAUUUCCACGCUAGUCAAAGAGAGUCGAUAUAUUUCGACAGCAGCGACGUGUCGAAAGCAGAUUCGAAAAGCAGGCUAUCUGUGCUAGAUCCUGGGGAUGUGGUGAAAGAAACGUGGGAGCCGGAUCCAAAAGUCAUGGAGGUUAUAGCGAACACGCUACGGAAAUCUUUCGGAAUGGAUUUGUUAGGAAUUGAUGUUGUGAUAGAUAAAUCGACAGGAAGAUACGCUAUCAUCGAUGUAAACGCUUAUCCAGGUUUCGAUAUUGUUUCAGGUUACGAUGGCUUUCCCGACUUCUUCGAAGCAGUCCUAGAGUGCAUUUCUAACAAAGUUACCUCAGAUUAAGCUUUUAAAAUAAGAGUCAUUGAAGUAUUUGAAAUCUUUAUAUUUUAUUUUCUUACAUGAUGAUAGAUUUUAGUCUUUUAACACACCUUUAAGUCCUAUUCUAGUCGGAGAGCUGGCGACAUAUUUA